AAGAUCCAUAAAGGGAUGAACUUGGACCAUUUUCUUCAGGUGAAACUCUCUGGAUCCAUCAGCAGUCAGUACUUGACUGCUUUGCUCAUGGCAGCUCCCUUGGCACUUGGAGAUGUGGAGAUUGAGAUCAUUGACAAACUAAUUUCUAUUCCAUAUGUUGAAAUGACUUUGAAAUUGAUGGAACGAUUUGGUGUCACUGUGGAGCACUCCGAUAGUUGGGACAAAUUCUUGAUCAAGGGUGGUCAAAAGUACCAAUCCCCUGGAACGGCUUACGUAGAAGGUGAUGCAUCGAGUGCUAGUUAUUUCUUGGCAGGUGCUGCAGUCACUGGGGGUACUGUCACUGUUGAAGGUUGUGGUACAACCAGUUUGCAGGGUGAUGUGAAAUUCGCAGAAGUUCUUGAGAAAAUGGGAGCCAAGGUUACAUGGACUGAGAACAGUGUCACUGUUACUGGUCCACCACGAGAUCCUUCCAAGAGAAAAAACUUGCGUGCCGUUGAUGUAAACAUGAAUAAAAUGCCCGAUGUUGCCAUGACCCUUGCUGUUGUUGCGCUAUUUGCGGAUGGUCCAACAGCCAUUAGAGAUGGUAAGUUUUAGCUUGCACUCUUGCAAGCUUAUAACUUGUUCAUAUAAAUUGGUAUCUGAAAUUAGUUGGCA